UUUUGAAUCUUCUAUAGGGCUUUUAAACCUACAGCAAAGAUGCAGAACGAAGAGGGACAAAACAUGGACCUUUACAUCCCUAGGAAAUGUUCCGCCACAAAUAGGUUAAUUACUGCAAAGGACCAUGCAUCUGUACAGCUUAAUGUUGGACAUUUGGAUGAGAAUGGCAUCUAUACUGGUCAAUUUACCACCUUUGCUCUUUGUGGUUUUGUCCGUGCCCAGGGAGAUGCUGACAGUGCAGUUGAUCGUCUCUGGCAGAAAAAGAAAACCAACAUCAUCAUCUCAUUUUUUUAAAACCACUCUCUACGCACUAACCUCUUAAUAUUCUUUCUUUCUUCUGUUUUUUAUUUUUUCUUUCCCUUUCACAUGCCCCAAGAUAUUUCCCUUAAAAAAAAAAAAAAAAA